ACAUUCGGCAUCAUUUGUGGUUCAGCGAAGCUCAACAGGAGAGGAAGAAUUUGAACUGUAUAGUCGAAGAAAUUGUUUAAGAAAAAAAAUGGAGUCAAAAGCAAUCGUAGUUCUUUGCCUUUUCUUGGCAGUAAGCUUUGCAACAGCGAAACUAGACGAAUUUGGCAACGAGAUGGAAGAUUUUGCUGCGACAAACGAUGCACCGGCACCAGCUGCUGAGGAAACACCCGCAGUACCAGAGAAAAUAGUCGUCGAAGAUGAAGCAAGUCAAACUACUGCUUUAGUUCAACAGGACUCUGAUGCUGAGAAACACAAAGGAUUUUGUCACUGGGGUAUUGCCAUUUGGUACAAGCCUGGUGUGGCUAUUCGAUGUAACUGUAUGAGAUGUGUUUGUCAAACCGGAGGAGCAUGGAAAUGUGACUAUUUCUUCGCAUACUGCCCAUACUACUACUGCGGCAACCAAAUAUACAACCCAGCCUCCCAGAUCUGUUGCUGUGGUAAGGUUCACAGCAAGAAAGCCAACUGGAAUUGCUGUGGUUACUUCUAUUAUAACACUCGUGCCUCAAAAUGCUGUAACUACUUCUCCGUCAAGCCAUUGAAAGCCAACUGCCCACGAUCCCGCAUCUAAGAAACGACUGGGAUCUCCUUGCAACCUUUUGGAACAUUUCAUGUGAUUCAAAUAGGUCGUAAGAGUGACUAAAUUUUGUGCUAAAAUUAGAGCAUUAAGCAUUGUUAACAUUAGAAUAUAGUAGGCUUUUUUCUAGGAUUUCAGCAAGUGUUAAAAUAUCAGUAUAGCAAGAUUAUUUUCUUAUUUCCAAGCGUAUACGUGUGAGCACUUGUUGAAAUCCAAAUAAAUAUAUAUGUAAUGAAGUUGCAUAAUCAAUAAACUUCG